UUGAUAUAAUUAUGGAAUGAAGGUUUUUGUUGCUACUUCAAUACUGGGUCUCUUAAAAAGCCUCUCAUUAUUGCUGCAAACAACCCACAUUUUGGAGGCAUCUUCUCUUGAAUUCAGCUGGUGUAAGGAAAGAUUUGCCUUUUCUGGUUGAAUUUGAGGUGGAGUAUCAAUGGAGGGGAGGAAUAGUGGUGUUGAUGCCAUGUCAAAGAUGGAAGACUAUGAAGUGAUAGAGCAGAUUGGCACAGGGGCUUUAGGACCAGCAUUUCUUGUUCUCCAUAAAACUGAGAAUAAGAAGUAUGUCCUAAAGAAGAUUCCUUUGGCAAAACAGACAGAGAAGCUUAAGCGGACAGUACAUCAGGAGAUGAAUUUGAUUACUAAACUAAACCACCCGUACAUUGUGGAGUACAAAGAUGCUUGGCUGGACAAGGGCAGCUGUAUUUGCCUCAUCACCCGCUACUGUGAAGGCAGAGAUAUGGCAGAGAUUUUGAGAAAAUCCCGAGGAGCAUUAUUCCCCGAAGAGAAACUCUGCAAAUGGCUGACACAGCUAUUACUAGCCGUGGACUAUCUACAUUCCAAUCGAGUCCUUCAUAGAGAUCUAAAGUUAUCCAACAUUUUUAUCACAAAGGACGAUGAUGUCUGUCUUGGUGAUUUUGGAUUCGCCAAACUUCUAGAUCCUGAAGACCUCACUUCCUCGGUGGUUGGCACUCCAAAUUACAUGUGUCCUGAGCUCCUUGCCGAUAUGCCUUAUGGCUAUAAAUCUGAUAUAUGGUCACUUGGUUGCUGUAUGUUUGAGAUUGCUGGACAUCAACCGCCAUUUAGAGCUCCUAACAUGACUGGCCUCAUCAACAAGAUAAAUAGGUGUACUUUAUCGCCACUUCCUAUCAUAUAUUCCUCCACCCUGAAACAGAUUAUAAAGAGCAUGCUAAGGAAGAGUCCAGAACACAGACCGACAGCUGCAGAAUUGUUGAGGCAUCAACAUUUACAGCAGUUCCUUCUGCAAUGUCGCAACCCUUCAUCUGUGUUUCUCCCAGUUAGGUCUCCGAAGAGCACAAAGGAGAAAACGGGGAAGCCUUCGCCUAGCAAAUCUAGCAGUGGCAAAGAUAACCGAGACAGACGGGGGCCAGUUUUCUCACUUGAUCAGAACUUGGGUGCACAACCUAGGAAUUUACCAAGCACUAGUAAACAAAUAGAAGCUAAACUCGAGACUAAGCGAGUUGAUAGAACAAGCUAUUCUGCAAAGAUCUCUGAAGAUAGCGAGGAAUCAUUGGUUGGGGAUACGAGUGAGACAGCUGGUAACGAGGAGGAACACCCUGAGUUGUUUUUGCAAAAGGAAAGCUUGAAAGUGCCAACUCCAUCUGACUUCGUUACACCAAAAUCCAACCCCGAGGAGCAGGAAGAAACUUCCAUGCAUGUCCAACGUUUCGAGGAGGGCGACGAAGAAAGUGACAAAACUAAAGAUUUGGAGGUUUUGAACUGCACGAAUGGCAACGGGGAAGUGGAAAUGGAGGGGGCAGUGGAUUGUAUCGCUGAGAAAACCAGCAGAAUGACAUUAUCCAAUGCUAAGUCUUUUGAUCAAGAAAGUGCAUCAUCAUCAACUACACAGCUCUUAAACUCUGAAAACAUUGAUUUGUGCAGAGAAGUUGCACUGGAUUGUGCUUCAGUGAAGAAAAAUGGCACAGCUACAGGUGAAGAGCAAGCGGAAAUACAAAGGGUUGCCUUCGAGAACGAGAAAGAUGGCAUUCAAAUGAGUGAUGAACAAGCACAGAGUCGCAUUUCAUUGCUGAGGAAAUUAACCGCAUUGACUAACGAGAGCAAGGAUGAGUGGGGAAAUCCAACUCAACAAAGAGCAGAUGCGUUAGAGUCACUUCUCGAGCUCUGUGCACAACUACUUAAACAGGACAAGAUCGACGAGCUCUAUGGUGUCCUCAAACCAUUCGGGGAAGAUGCAGUUUCGUCCAGGGAAACAGCAAUCUGGUUGACCAAAACCCUCAUGAAAGCACAGAAGUAGCCACAAGGCUUCCCCUUCUGCAAUACUCUUGUAAAGAUUGUUCUUUUUUUCUUUUUCUUUUCAUGGUUUCACUAGUAAUGUGAGUAUGGAGAGUUUCAUUUCAUUGGUAAUGAAGGAUUGGAUAUGUGAGGGAGUUUCUUGUUUUCAUUUUUCAGACAACUGUAAGGGCUCUGUGUUAUGAAAAUUGGUGUAGAUAUUGUUGGGAAGGUUUGAUGAAUCUGUGCUUUUUUAUAUAAAGUUUGACUGUUGUUGGUA